UAUUUUCCAGUUACGGGGGAGGAGGAGGAGAAGUUGGAAAUUUAGAUUAGUAGCAGUUAUAGUAGUAGUUCUACUAUAGUAUAUAUACAUAUAUAUAUUUAUUAAAAAGAAAGAAGAAAAGAUGCUGAGAAAUGGUGGAGGAGGAGCCUCGCAUCGAGGAGUAGUUACUAGCACCAGAUCUAACCCUAACACUACCCCCGCGGACACCGACUUCUCUAAACCUUUGAAAAUAUCAUCAACUCUGGCAGAUGGGCGCUCCGGCGUCGCCUCUAAGAAGCGGUCGGAGAGUGCUUCCACUUUGGCACCCAGGAGCAAGGAGACUAAGCUCUCUGUACAAUCUCCUCCAGAGCUCUCAGGUUCAGAAAGUGAGGAGACGGAUCUUAGCAGUUCAGAGGGAGAUGAUUCAUCAUGGAUCUCUUGGUUUUGUGGGUUGAGAGGAAAUGAGCUCCUUUGCGAAGUUGACGAGGAGUAUAUUCAGGAUGAUUUUAAUUUGUGUGGACUUCAGGGACAGGUUCCCUAUUAUGAUUAUGCCCUGGAUAUGAUUUUGGACAAUGACUCGUUGAGUGGUGAGGUUGAUGGUGAGGAACAUGGUGAAAUUGAAUCUGCAGCUGAGUUGUUAUAUGGUCUUAUACAUGCACGAUAUAUUCUAACCAGUAAAGGAUUGAAUGCUAUGCAUGAAAAAUACAAGAGGGCGGACUUUGGAAGAUGCCCUCGAGUUUAUUGUGGGGGGCAACCGUGCUUGCCUGUUGGCACAUCAGACAUCCCUCACGAUGGCUCUGUGAAGAUUUACUGCCCCAAAUGUGAAGAUUUGUACUUCCCGAGGUGCAAAUAUCAGAGCAGUAUCCUUUUGAUGUAUUGUCCCUUCAGAUAUGGAUGGUGCAUAUAUUGGUACCACAUUCCCGCACUUGUACCUGUUGACUUACCCUUCGGCAAAGCCCGCGAAACCAGUUCAAAGUUAUGUACCUAGGGUAUUUGGUUUCAAGAUCCACAAGAGUUCCAGAUAAUGAGGUGGUCUGUGGAAAUGGUCAUACAAAAUGUUAAUGCUGCUGCGUUGAGUGGGACUUCGGGAAUGUAUAAUAAGGAGCUGGUUUAUAGCUGCCAAUAAGGAAUGGCUGGCUUGUAAAGGAGACUCGUUGACUCCAGUUUUACCUUCGUUCCGUCGCCCUGAUUCUUUGCUUUGCUGUGCUUGUAACUUGACCCACAGGUAAGAGCUUUAGUUAUGAAUUUGUUCAGUUCAACAUUAUUAAUCCAGUGGCCGUUUGGAUUAAA